AUGUCUUCCCAAUUCUCACAAUACCGGUGGAACAACCUCGUCCGAUGGCUGGCCCAGAAAGGCAUGAAGACGGGUCCGAAUGAUCUGCCUGUAGAAUGCAGGGAAACCCCAGGAGCUGGCAUUGGGCUCUUUACGGUCAAAGGAUGCAAACCAUCUUCUGUGUUGUUUAAAAUACCAGCAACUGCUCUGAUCAACGUCAAGACUCUCCGUCCGAUCUACCCUGGCAAUACUUUGACUGCGAUACAACUCAUAUCUUUGCACUUAUUUCUUCACCAACCCUGCGGAGAAGUCGAGGAUUCAUCAGAUCCUCAUUUUGGACCUUACAUCUCGAUUCUGCCUCGAAACUUUGACAGCCAUCCGCUGACGUGGCUGGUGCAAUCAAGUUCUGACUACCAUCGUGCAUUGCUGAACAGCCUACCCCCUAGUGUUUUGACUGCUCUCCGUGGUUUGCAUGAACGCUUUCUUCAGGACUGGACGGCCGUUCGUGCCUAUAUGGUCUGUUCAGUCUUUGUUGCCUUGAUAUCUGCUCGCGUGGUUAAAUGGCAAGUACUUUCUCUUCUUUUCAUUCUCGUAAAUGGCCAAUCUUUGGAAGCAGUCAACACACGGUGUAUCUAUCGUCGUCUCAAAUCCUCCAAAUCGGAUCCUGAUAACGUUACCAUGUGCCCCAUUCUGGAUUUCGCCAAUCACCACCCGCAUCGCCAAAACUUCGUCCCUGCGCCAACUGACGCAGAUAUGUGGGAUGUUGCGCCAACGAAGAAACUUGGCGACGACUUUAAAUUUGUUGCUGUUGAUGAUGGUGCAAUCGAUGCCGGCAGCGAACUUUUCUUGAUGUAUGGACACCAUUCGAACCGGACACUUUUUACAGAGUAUGGUUUUAUCAACAGAUUCGAGGAGAACAGCGAAGAUGACUCGCCACCGGUCGAAACAUUCGGAGGUGAAGUUGACGUGCAAGAUGUUGUCGAGGAAUUGAUGAAGUCAAAUUUGACGCGCCAAACUGAUCUUCUGCAGCGUCACUUACAAGAAGCUGGCUACUGGGGAGACUGGACGUUGCAUUCGGCGCCGCACCCAGCUCAUCCAUCGUAUCGGUUUAUCACGGUUAUGCGACUGGCUGCAUCUGCACUGGCGCCAAACCAAGCGACAGAGGCAGACAUUAUUGACGCUUGGCAAGAGGUCAUAGCAGGCAAACGUGAUGUGAUCAGCGCGGAGAAUGAAGAAAAAUGGAGGAUCUUAGCGGUACGAAUAUGCGACGAGGUCGUCCAGAGGUCUGAAGCGCGCAUGCGGGAAUACGGAGAGUGCCUUCGUAUUGUGAUGUCCUCUGAGCAGCGGUGUCAGUGGGUGGAGGAUAAUGUCAAGGCAUUAUGGCACGAAGAAUCUUAUGUCGCCACGCUUGUGAAGGGGAGCAUUCUGAGUGGUGAUAUGCUCUAG